UGAGGUCAUUGUGCGUUCCAUUAAGGUUCUCUGUUGUCGUAUAAGGUUAUCCAUUGUUUUGUUUGUAUUUUUGGAAAGGGUAUUUUUAUUCUAUUUAGUACUCGGCGCUCGCUAUAUCCUUUCACUUUUCCCUUCUAACCAUGCCAUAAAUAAUAGUGUAAAAAAUCUUUUAAAGGAAAAUGUUUAGCCCGAAGACUUUGACCUCCGAGCAUAGAGAUUUGAUUCACGAUGUCGCCUUCGAUAUUUAUGGAAAUCGCAUGGCAACCUGCUCCAGCGAUCAGACGAUCAAAGUGUGGGAUGUCGGGAAGGACGGAGACUGGAAGCAGACCUCGUCCUGGAAGGCGCAUAGCGGUUCGGUCUGGAAGGUGACCUGGGCCCAUCCGGAAUUCGGCCAGGUGCUUGCCUCGUGCUCUUUCGACAGGACGGCAGCCGUCUGGGAAGAGAUCGUCGGCGAGACGAACACAAUGGGCUCGUCUGGGUACAAACACUGGGCCAAGAGGACUAAUCUCGUCGAUUCUCGGACUUCCGUUAUGGACAUAAAGUUUGCCCCCAAAUCGAUGGGACUUCUGUUGGCGACAUGUUCCGCGGACGGUAUCAUCAGGAUAUACGAGGCUCCUGAUGUCAUGAACUUGGCUCAGUGGACCCUACAGCAAGAGGUCGCCUGCAAGCACCAAGCCAGUUGCAUAUCUUGGAACCCCAGUUAUACAAGAGAGAAAAGAUGCACGAAGAGUUCUUUCGUUAAGCCCCAAGUGUCAGGCGAUAAAAAGGACGAGUUGAAAUCGGAAGACAGUGAAAACAAUGGUACAAAUGGACAGAAAAAUCCAUUUUCAAGCGAAAAAAAUGAUAAGAUGGUCAUUUUACCCCAAGUACCGUUAUUAGCUGUUGGAUGCGAUGAAUUUAAUUGUUCUUCCAACAAUAGAAUAGUUAUAUUGCACUACCUCUCCCUAGUCAGAAGGUGGAAUAAAAUAGAUUGUGCGGUUUCUGUAAGUGAUCCUGUUCACGACUUAGCCUUUGCGCCUAGACUGGGACGGAGUUUCGAUCUGUUGGCCAUCGCCACAAAAGACAUAAAGCUUUUGACAAUUUAUCAAAUCAUGGCUUCAUCGGGCGCGAUUCGGUUUGAAGUCAGCCUUACCGCCACUUUUGAGGAUCAUUUCAGCACGAUAUGGCGAGUCAGUUGGAAUUCAAUCGGUAGCAUUCUUGCCUCGACUGGAGACGACGGUAGCGUCAGGAUGUGGAAACAGUGUCAGAAGUCAGUCUGGAAAUCUAUUGCUGUAAUCAAAGGCGAUGGGCAUAUUGUAAAAUCAAAAGAGAACCAAGAAACUGUAAAUAAUAGUUCAAGGUAUCUUAAAUUGGGUAGUAUUAGCAAUCCCACCCAAGUACCUUGGCACUAGUUGAAAAUAUUUUGUACAAAAAUGUAAAUUUCUACCAUUAUUAAAAUGAAAAUGGUAAAAUUAAUUGUUAAUAU